AUGAAUGCGCAUAAAUCAAAACAUGAACAUAUGUACAUUGUGCAUACGCAUAGGGCGAAUCAUCGAAAUCGGAAAAUCAGAAAUUGUAUAGACAGAAUCAGCUUUCGUUGUCAUAAAUUUGAUCAUCUACCCUAUUUCCUCGAUAUUUUAAAAAGUGAUGGAGCACAAAGAAUAAAUAAGAAGCUUUUCAUUUUAAAGUAUUUGCCAGGAAAAAACAUAAAUCCAACAGAUAAGAGGUUGAUUUUCCAUCAAGAUUAG